GGUUGUCUGUGGUAAAAAGUUAUUGUACAAUAUGUUGGGGAAAGUGAAAAACAGCAUCGUUGCCAUCUAUAUGGCAAUAGGAAUAUUUUACAUUUUAGUCAAUAUAGACGUUUCAUCUACCUAUAUGGGACCUAAAAGACAGAUAUAUUUCCAGAUGUGGCCUGUAGAUCAUCCAGCAAUUGUUUUAUACAGACAUCAUCCUAAUGCUUUGCGAAAAUUUUAUUGGUACAAUACCAGAACUCCAAUUAUGGUUGGAAAAAUGCGCCUAAAAAACUACAUGCGAAAUAUGAAUAUGCUGCCCAGAUAUAUUCCAACAGCUGCUCAAUAUCAGGAUACAUUUGCAAGUUCAAAAAGGAGCGUCUACAGGAAUUAUAAUCAUAUGCAAAGUUUUAAAACAACAUUACAGCCUGCAACAACAGCGGAUUAUGUUUCAACUCCAGUGAACCCAAUGGAUUUAAACAAAUAUAAAACAUUAAAUACGAUUGCCGUUUCAGCUCCAGUGAAUAUAAUGGAAACCAUCCCUGUAACCCGUCCCGUAGAUUUUAAAAUAGAACCCAUAAACCCAUUCGUACCGUUAAGGGACAACACUAUAUCGCAUGCAGAACGAUUGGUAGGCGAUCAUAAAAAAUGGAGCAGUCCGGAUUAUUCCAACCAUAGUUGGACCAAGUGUCCUGAAAGAAUAAUGAAUUUGGCUGGACAAACUUUAGCAGAUUGUUAUAGGAACACGAUACAGGACUAUCCCAAGGACCAAUACAGCUCGCAAAGUGUGCCUAGCGAAAUACCAGUGACGACAACCAACUUACCGUACCACAAUUACGUUGCUCAUACCUAUUUUACGUUAGACGACGUCAUUUUACCCCGAUCAUCUAACAAAUUUGGAGGCACCUCGACUGAAUACGAACCAGAAUUUCGGCCGAGUCCGGUUUUAACCACACUUAUGCCAACAGAUGUUUACACCGAGCGAUAUCACCACACCACCCAGGUUACACCAACAACAUCAGAAGCUCCGAUAUUUCCAAAAACUACACUUAUAGAUAUGGAUUUUCGAAGCAUUCCGUAUAUUCCCAGUUCAACUGAAUCCACAUUCUUUGAGAACACCAUUGAGAACCUAACAACUCCAGAGCCGACGAUAAGAAGUACGGUUAUAACUAAAAAUACUACGAAUAUUUCGUAUAAAAAUAGGUUAAAAUCUCUUAAAGCUGCGAAAAACUAUUCAUCCAACAUCGAAACUAAACUAAAGUUGUUAAAGCUCCAUUUGAAAAAUUUAGUUACAACAACAGAAACACCAAAGUAUAUUCAAAACUAUACGAAGUCAGCUGUUGUCGAUGGAAAUACAACCCAAAGCAUCAUAAACGAAACAACAACCACAGCUGCUCCGAGGAGAAUUAAUACGAAUAGAAAAUUGAGAAAAUUCCGAGUUUUAGCUUCAACUAGAAAGAUUCCAACGCAAAAACCGCACAACACCACUGAUACAAAAGUUAAAUUGGAACAUAAAAAACCAAAAAGAAUUUAUGAAAGGCGCAAACAUUUCAAUGUUACUGUUGCCCCCGAUAUUUCAAAAAGUACAACAACCGAAAAUAUUGUUCCAAUCAAGCAUAAACGCAGAAACCCGGUUCGAAAAACGACAAUUCAACCCUUUGAAGAAAACUCACGAGUAAGAAACUCAACAAAGUUUAUCAGCAACAAUAUUGUAAAAUCUCGUUCUGACAGAAUUUUUGACGAAAAAAAUGCAUUAGUUACGGAAUCGGCAAUUAUGACUAUAUCCAGUGGCAAUAUGAAAGUAAGGCAGCCCAUUUUAAAAAUAAAGCCAAAACAACAUAGCUCCAGAAAAAUAAAUCAUAUAGAAAAUGAUAACUUUAUCCCAUCCCUUCCUAUAGAAGUAUAUUUUAAAAAAGUUAAUCAGCAAUGAAGUUUAGCAGUCUGAAAAUUAUAUAAUUAUAAUAUAUUAAAUAAAAAAUUACAGAGACAUUUUG